AUGUCCGUUUCCGACGUUCCCUUAUUGCCAUCAUCAUCUCCUCACCUGUCCUACGCUCUGCCCACCAUGAAAUCCCACUCAAGCACCCUCAUCGCCGCUCUAGCACUGUGUCACCAAUCUCUAUCUUCCCCCACCUACCAAACCGCCCCAGACCACCCUUCCAACGGCAUCUGCACCGACUACAAGAUCGAGAAGACGAUUGACUUCGCCGAACUCCAAUGGACCGACCCUCCGUUCAAGACGAGCUUCGACGUCGUCGAUCUGUACGCUCGCAUGGCUAGCAAGGACCCUGCAGUGUUCCGGCCGUUCGCUGAGACGCCGAGGAACGUCUCAAAGACAUACGAGAUCUCUGCGACCUUUUGUCGACCGAAGAAUGGGACGGAUGCGGGUGAGAAGACGGUUUUGGUUGCUACGCAUGGUGCUGGGUUUGAUAGGAGAUACUGGGCGUCGUCCUACCUACCCGAGAAGUACUCGUUCGUGUACCACUCCCUGGAAGCGGGCUACCCGGUCUUUUACUACGACCGCGCGGGCGUAGGCGCGUCGUCGCGGACACUCAACUACACGGCGCAGCCCGAACCUCAGAUCCAGCUCCUCGCGAGCAUGGUGCGGGAUAUCCGCGGCGGGCAGUACACCGAUAGCAUCAAAGCGAGCAAGAUCGUCCUCGUAGGCCACUCCUUCGGGUCCUUCGUUUCCACUGGCUUGCUGAACAAGUUCCCGGAUCUCGCCGACGCCGCCGUCCUCACCGGCAUCGCGUUCCCCAACCCCUCCGACAUCGUGAACAUCCUCGGGAAAUACGCCCUCACCGUCUUCGGCGGACGCCUCAUCUCCGACGUCCCCAGCUCCUCUCUCCCCGCCAACGCAGAUUCGUUCGACGACAGCCACGUCGCCUUCGGCGACAUCUAUUCCUACGCCCAAGCCUUCCUGCACCACCCGCAAACCGCACCCGACGUCGCCGUCGCAAACUACACCUUCAGCAUCACGCAGCCGCUCCCCGUGAGCGAGUUCGCGUCGCUGGGGAACAUUGAUUUGCGGGCGCCAGACUUUGCUGGGAAAGUGCUGAUUACGGCGGGGCAGUACGAUGUUCUCUGCGGAGGGGACUGCUAUGCCACUUUUGAUGCUGGGGUUCAGAAUACUACCAUCUUCUCGAAUGAGGGGGCGGUGGUAGAGACGUUUGUUCAGCCGGGGGCGGGACACGGAGCAGUUUUCCAGGAAGAUAAUGGUGCGCGGGAGAGGAUUUUUGGGUUUUUAGGGAGCGUGUAA